AUGGCCGCCAUCAAUCCACUGAUGUUCUACUUUGUGAGUAAAAAAGCAUCGCCACUCGGGAGACAAAGGCGGUCAGGCUUGGCGCUGGCCACCCAUCCCCCCUCUUGUGCUGUGCCGACUUUCAUAGGUGAUCGUGAAUGGCACUUGCCCCCACGGUCUGUUGAGGCUACACGGGGGAUCUUUGUCUUUGUGUGUGUGUGCAGGGGAGUUAUAGGCAAACAGGGUUACCAAUGCCAAGUGUGCACGUGCGUUGUUCACAAGCGAUGCCAUCAGCUGAUCAUCACGCGCUGUCCCGGCAUGAAGAGAGACUCCUCCCCCGAGGUCGGGGGCCAGAGGUUCAACAUCAACGUGCCGCACAAGUUCUACAUCCACAACUACAAGGUGCCCACCUUCUGUGACCACUGCGGCUCGCUGCUCUGGGGGCUGCUCCGCCAGGGCCUCCACUGCAAGGAGUGCCGCAUGGACGUGCACCGCCGGUGUGAGCGGAACGUGGCCCCCAACUGUGGGGUGGAUGCGCGGGAGAUGGCGCGCGUCCUCGCAACCAUCGGAGUCACUCCCGACAAGAUCAACCAGCCCCGGAGGAAGGGAGGCACACCCCCUCUGGUCCUGGCUGGAGACGGGAAGCAGCACAGUCACGUGGACAGGUCCAAGUCGGCUCCACCCACACAGCCACAGCCUGAAGAUGUUGAGGAGGGCCACUUCGGUGUGAGGAAGGCUCGGUCCUUCAACGGCGGUGAAGGGGACGGAGGAGGAGAAGGAGAUGGGGAGGAUGCAGGAAGAGGAGGAGGGGGGGAGGCGGGGGUCGCCGUGGAGGGGGGGUUGCCGCUGCCACCUGGGUCCGGUGUCGCACCAGGAGGGGGGAGCCCAGCUGACGGCUCCUGCGUGGUGCAACCGCGCAGGAAGCUGGGACUGCACGACUUCAACUUCAUCAAGGUCCUGGGGAAGGGCAGCUUCGGGAAGGUGCUGCUGGCAGAGCUGCGUGGCCGGGGGGGGCGCCGGGCGGCUGGUGAGGGUGGUGAGGGUGGUGAGGGUGGUGAGGAGGAGGAGGGUGAGGUGUUCGCCGUGAAGGUGCUGCGCAAGGACGCGAUCGUGCAGGACGACGACGUGGAGUGCACCCUGACGGAGAAGCGCGUCCUGGUGACGGGGCGCGCCCACCCCUACCUCACGCAGCUGCUGUGCUGCUUCCAGACCGCGGACCGGCUGUUCUUCGUGAUGGAGUGCGUGAGUGGAGGGGACCUCAUGUUCCACAUCCAACGUGCGCGCAAGUUCCCCGAGCCGCGAGCGCGCUUCUACGCCGCCGAGAUCACCUGCGCACUCACCUUCCUGCACGCCCACGGUAUCGUCUACCGGGAUCUGAAGCUAGACAACAUCUUGCUGGAUGCCGAGGGGCACUGCAAGCUCGCCGACUUUGGGAUGUGCAAGGAGGGCGUGAAGGACGGGGUCACGACCUCCACGUUCUGCGGCACCCCCGACUACAUUGCUCCCGAGAUCCUGCAGGAGCUGGAGUACGGCCCCUCUGUGGACUGGUGGGCCAUGGGCGUCCUCGUCUACGAGAUGGUGGUGGGCCAGCCGCCCUUCGAGGCGGACAACGAGGACGACCUCUUUGACUCGAUCCUCCACGACGAGGUGGCCUUCCCCAUGUGGCUCAGCACCCAGGCCGUCGACAUCCUCAAGGCCUUCAUGGUGAAGUCCCCGGCACGCCGUCUGGGCUGCGUGGCGGCGCAGGGUGGGGAGGCGGCGAUCCGCGCUCACCCCUUCUACCGCGGCCUCGACUGGGACGCCUUGGAGCACCGCCGUCUCCCCGCUCCCUUCCGCCCACGCAUCCGGGGUAAGCGCGACGUGGCCAACUUUGACGGGGACUUUACGCGCGAGGACCCGGCGCUGACGCCCACCGACCCGGCCGCGCUGCUGCAGCUCCCCCCGGACGAGUUCCGCGGAUUCUCCUUCGUGGCCGACGGGCCGGGGCCGGGCCUGGGCGGCGGGGGCGGCGCCCCCCCUUCCCCCCCGCCGUCGCCGCGACAACCGCGGCAGCCGACGCCCCCGCCGCGGUCUCCCACGGCGAGGGUUGGGGGGGCCCCGCGGCCCCCCCCCGCCCCCCGCCUGCCCCCGACCACGCUCGCCAUCGACCCGGUGCCGCGGGCCUGCGGCCCCGCCAGGUCGGCCGAGUAUUACGCAGAGUGCCGCCUGGGCUUCGGCCUCGGGGACGAGGAGGAGGAGGACGAGGUGUAGGGGAUGAUGAGGUGGAGUGGGUGAGGUGUAAGGGGUGGCGUGGAGGUGUAGGGGACGAGAAGGACGAUGACGUGUGGGUGACGAGAGGAUGAGUGGAUGAGGCGUAGGGGACGACGAGGAGGAGGUGUGGGUGGACGAUGAGGAGGAUGAUGAUGUGUAGGGGAUGAGGUGUACUGGAGGAGGAGGUGAACGAGUUGGACGUGAAAUGAAGGUGGUGUUGAGAUCAGUGUAGGAGGAGGUGGAGGUGAGAGUGGAGGAGGUGGAGGAGGUGGAGGAGGUGUGGAGAUGAAGUCUACUGGUGAGAACAAGGCUCGUGCAAUAUUUGCACCGAGUCGCGGUUCAAUCGUCGCUGCUGUUCCCGUUCCAGUGUGCGCACCAGCAUCACCAUCACCAUUGUCACCAUCGUCAUCAUCACCAUCGCCACUAUUACCACCAUCAUCACCACGAUCACCACCAUCAUCAUCAUCAGCACCAUCAUUAUCAUCAUCACCAUCAUCUUCACUAUCACUGCCAUCAUUGCCACCAUUGUCAUCAUUACCAUCGUCAUCAUCAUCAUCAUCAUUGUCACCACCACCACCAUCACCACUCCCGUCCUGAUGGCCGCGAUAGCCGCGGUGGCCGUAUCGUCGUCGUCGUUGUCCGCGUGCGUCCCCACCAGCCGGGCGGCCGUGGUCCCGUACCGUCGUUCACGACCCGAGCCAACAGCGAGCCUCUCCCCUCCCAACGGAACGAGAGGGGAGAGGGGAGGGAGGGGAGAUGGGGUGGGGCGACGUCGUAACCACUGAAGCGGCCCCCGUGGACGCGCCACGUUGGCCCAAAGUUGGCCCAACAUUGGUGCCGGCGUUGUGCGUUGUACCGGGGGAGAUGGACGGUAUGCACGAGAAGGGAUGCGCCUGCGUGUGUGUGCGCGCGUCUUUGUACCGUGUGUAGUGUCGAACUUCUUAUGCACCGUGCAUAGCCAAACCAUGCCAAUAUUCGGGAGGUGCGGGGGAAGGACAACGAACUAAACACAACACACCAAGCAGUUCUAAAGGAAAUGUACGUGAAUGAGUCAGCCAGAGCAAGGCGAAGCUGAACCAGUAGAGAUCGAGAGAUAGAGGAGAGAGGGGGAGACAGGAGACAGAAAGACAAAGAGGGUCUGUGCUGAUUGGACUCGUGGGAUAUUCUCCCCUAGCGCGUCUCUGUGACCCCACGACCCUGUGACCCCACGACCCAAUGACCCCACAAACCCAUGACCCCGCGUCUCUGUGACCCCACGUCUACAUGACCUUGUGACCCUGUGACCCCGCGUCCCCAUGACCCAGUGUCCCAAUUACCCCAUGACACUGUAACCCCGUGUCCCCGUGACCAUGUGCUUCCGACCAUCGAUUAUUCACGCGCAUCGUGGAGCGA